GCAGUAACAGGGCUGCGAGGGAUUGAAGUUUGCUGGAAAUAAUGAAGAAAAACUCUCAAGGCCUCUCCAAAUUGGAGAAGCCCUUUGGCUCUCCCACCUAUGUUUUCUGGCAGGUCUGUAGCCAGAUAAUCCUUGACUCCCUCCAUCUGCCUGUUUAUUAGUUUGAAGCCAAAUUGCCUCUGUGGAUGCUGAACACCUCUGGAUGAGCAAUGAAUCUAUGGACAGGUUGUCUUCUUGAUCAGGAAAGAAGAAUGACUGGCUCAACAGCUUCCAAGUUCAGUAACCUCCUUUCCUUCUUAAUGAAUUGCUGAGGAAUGAGAGGCUUCCGUUCCUUGCUGGCACCUUUUACACUGUGCCCAAAAAAACAAUUAUAUCAGGCUCAGGAAGACUGAAAGGGCAGGGAAACAGGAACUAUCCCCAUGGAUGUCCUCCCCAGAGAGGCUGGGAACACGCUCUGCUGUGGGAAAUGGGAAGCUGAGGUCAGCCAAAGUGCACAGCAGGUAUGCACAUCUCUUGGGAUGGGAAGGACAGAUAAAAGCCUGUUUUGCCAUCCCCAUCCCUGACCUGGCUUGCUGGUGAGCUCUCCUGGGCCACCUUCACACCCUGUGUGCAAAGUGAACCUCCACUGUGUCAUUCUGUGGUGUGGAAAUGAAAGCAGGGAGAUAAAGGUGGAGAGUGGGUGGUGACAACGUUCCUGAGAGCCCUGAGCCUACCACUCAGCAAGGCAGGCCUUGCUGGUGUAAAAAGAGCCCAGAAGAAGUGAGAAAGGAGUAGGGAAUGAGCCCCCAUCAAAAACUGGAAGGCAGAAAACCCCAUGGACAGUGGGGUAACACGGGAUGCUUCCAGACAUGCAGACUAGUUCUUUCAGAAGCUUUGUCCCUUUUAGCUCCUUGUGACUGGGAAUGUUGAGAUUGUACAAAAAGUCUUGAUAAAACAAACACAUGGAGAUCCCCUCAAGAGGCUGGGAGAUAUUAUUAGCCCCUCUUUUACUGGCAGGCCUGGAGCAAUUAAUUAUUACCAGAAGUAUUAUCAGGUACUUGUCACUGCUUUCCCUGGAUCCACUUCAGAGAGCUCAGACUGGCUGUAACCAACAAUGUUCCCUGACUGGCCUGGUACCUCACAACUCCUGAUAGCAGCUCCUCUGCUCCUCUCCUGAGGAUCUCAGCACUGGUGGAGGGUCCAUAACCUCGAAUAUAUGCUGAAAGAAAUUUGAGUCCAUGGACCACUAAUGUAUGCAGCAUGCCUGUGUUUGUAUAUCUUCUCAGUGAUGUGCUCCACCUCUGUGACCAGGGGGAAGGUUUUAGGCAGGAGGCAGAGAAAGGGACCUAGGGGAGCUAGGGAAAGGCAUUUUUGUGUGUGAUGGCUGCAUAACGAAUGUUUAAGAAUUUGCCUAUGAGCUCUGGGCCGUGUCCCAGUGCUGCUCUUCAGAAAUGCCAUUGCAGAUGCUCUAAGAACUUAGAAUUUCUAACCAACACACUCUGGUAAAGGUCUGUGCUUCUAGAAGUAGUCUGGUCAGGUUUUAUGUGAAAUUAUGCUGAUCCAUGAAAUCAUGUGUCUAAAUGUGUACUCUUCUCUUCCUGGGCUUGGUACUGCUGCUGCUGCAGUAGCACAGCACAUUCACAUUUGGAACAUGGUAAUUCAUCUUUUUUGCCUUGCUUUUUCUUUGUAAUUUUAAUGUGUUUUUAGUACUGAUAAACUUUAUUGAAGUUUCUAUUAUCAACCAUGUUAUUAUUAAAGGGAAAAUCAUGCACAACAGCAGGUAUACCUGUGAAGUUGGAAAAGGGAUGCAGGUUCAGGUGAGAAUACAGAUUUUACUAGUAAAAAAGGUGCUUUGUCAACAAAGUUGACACUGAGUAUAGGUAAAAUUAGAGACAUCAAAAUGAUCUUCACAUCAGCUUAACUCCAUCUGUUUAACCAUUGUAAAAGUACUGUAAAAAAAUCGUAUUCAGAAUAACCAUUACAGCAGCGUCACAACUUUCCUGCGUUUGCCGUGCUUAAGAAGUUUAAGAGGAAGAGAAAGGUCGGGUGUGGCCGGGGGAAGGCACAGCGUGCCCGUGGUGCCGUUUUGCCACCCGCAGCAUCCCUGGGUACCGGCGCACGGAUGGGAACACACCGCCCGCUAGCGGAGCCGCCGGAUGCUGCUCCUGAUGCUCCGCGGAUGCUGCUCCAGGACAAGGGACAAGUUCUUUUGAAAUCCAGUUUGAAAAACAUAAUCUCUGCCUCCAGUUGUGCUUUGGACCUUUGGGGUCUGCAAAUCAGCCUAGAAGCUGUUUGGGAAGACAACUCCUGAGAUGAAGCUCUGAACUUACAUGGACGCAAAUGCCCAGAAACACGAAAGAGUGGCCUGAAACCGUUGGUUUGAAGACCAUAAGAAAUGGGUGACUGGAGCUUCCUGGGGAACAUUUUAGAGCAGGUGAACGAGCAAUCCACUGUCAUCGGGAGAGUUUGGCUCACGGUGCUCUUCAUUUUCCGCAUCCUGAUCCUGGGCACAGCCGCUGAGCUCGUGUGGGGAGACGAGCAGUCAGACUUUGUGUGCAACACCCAGCAACCUGGUUGUGAGAAUGUCUGCUACGAUGAGGCCUUCCCCAUCUCCCACAUCAGGCUCUGGGUCCUGCAGAUCAUUUUUGUAUCCACCCCUUCACUAAUGUACUUCGGGCAUGCUGUGCACCACGUCCGCAUGGAGGAGAAGAGGAAAGAGAGGGAGGAAGCUGAGAGGCGCCAGCAAGCUGAGGUGGAUGAAGAGAAGCUGCCCCUGGCUCCAAAUCAAAACAAAGGCAACAAUCCUGAUGGAACCAAGAAGUUUCGCCUGGAAGGUACUCUCCUGAGAACGUACAUCUUCCACAUCAUUUUCAAAACCCUCUUUGAGGUGGGAUUCAUAGUAGGUCAGUACUUCCUGUAUGGCUUCCGAAUUCUCCCCCUUUACCGCUGUGGGCGGUGGCCCUGUCCCAAUCUUGUGGACUGUUUUGUCUCCAGGCCCACGGAGAAGACCAUCUUCAUUAUGUUCAUGCUGGUGGUGGCUUCCGUAUCCCUCUUCCUCAACCUGGUGGAGAUCAGUCAUUUGAUCUUGAAAAGAAUCCGGAGGGCUCUGAGGAGACCAGCAGAGGAGCAGCUUGGAGAGGUCCCUGAGAAGCCCCUCCACGCCAUCACAGUCCCCUCCAUCCCAAAGGCCAAAGGCUACAAGCUGCUGGAAGAAGAGAAGCCGGUGUCCCACUAUUUCCCUCUCACGGAAGUAGGGGUUGAGCCCAGCCCCCUUCCAUCAGCCUACAAUGAGUUUGAAGAGAAGAUUGGGAUGGGACCAUUGGAAGAUCUCUCCAGGGCAUUUGAUGAGAGGUUACCAUCGUAUGCGCAAGCAAAGGAACCAGAAGAGGAGAAGGUACAAGCAGAGGAGGAGGAACAAGAGGAGGAGCAGCCAGGGCCUCAGGAAGAGCCAGGGGUGAAGAAAGCAGAAGAGCAGGGGGUGAGAGAUGAAAUGGAAGGGCCUUCAGCACCUGCUGAACUUGCCGGUGAUAUGAGACCCCUGAGCAGGCUAAGUAAAGCCAGCAGCCGGGCCAGGUCAGAUGAUUUGACUGUAUGAAGGUGCAGGAUGCGAGGAGCACAUGAAAAGGAAAAGGCUGAAGAGAAAAGGAGAGAUAGAGAAAGAAUCAAAAGAUAUUUUUAAGCAAAGCACUAGAACGGCCACUUGAAUAUUUACUUUCAUGAUUCUCAACUGGAAAGGUACUACCACGGCAACUGUGCCUUAUUUGCCCCAUAUGUCCCUGUAUUUCCCUGUUUCCACAUGCCAGCUCACUCCUUACAGUAAUACGUACACUGUACACAUAACUGAUGUAUUUUAAAACCUAACAUGGCAGUGAUAACCAAAUGUCAGCACUGUGAUCAUAUUUACUGAAAGCCUUGUGUUCCACAUUUCUCUAGGAAUGUGGGGAGGAUCUGUCUUUCAGCCAGUGUGGGGAAAGACUGAUCAACAACUGUAAUUAGUCUUUCUCUUUCUGUUUCCUCCUUUGGCUCACUGAGCAGAUCUCCCCUUUGCUGUUGGCAUGGAAUUGCAGUUAUUUAAUUCACAAAGUGAAUUCUAUGCUUAGCAUCAACACAUUAAAAUACUAAGCCAAACUUCCCUUCUUUACUCAGAAAAUAAAGGCAAAAAUGUUCCAAAUUUCUCUGUGAAUGCUUAUCUGAGUUAGGUAAAAAUAUUUUCCCUGGUCAAAAAUUUCUGCUCAUCAAGCAACAUUGACAGUGGGUGAGGUUAACAGUAGUACUCUACUAGGACUUAGCAGAUGCCCAGAGAUGGAUUAUUUGUUCCCAAGAGGGUCGUCCAGCCCUGAGACUAGUUCAGAAUACUGGAAAGAAUAAAUUCAAGUGAUAUUUUUUACUUGUAGCCUUGUGACUUAAAGAUCUGAAGCUAUAUUUAGCCAAGUAAGAGGGAAAAAUCUUAUGAGAGAGAAGGGGACAGCUACAGCCCCCAGAGCACGUAACCAAAUACAAGCCUUCGUGGUAUGAUCCUGACAGGUGUUCAGUUCCUGGAGCUUCCAGGCUCCCAGGCACUCAGCAAAUCUCAGGUAGAGAGUCCUGAAGGCACCUGUGAACCUAAACCAGGGGUCUGGGUAACUAUGUGACUUUUUAAACCUCUAAAUACAAAACUAGUUGGUCAAGUUUGAAAAGACUGAUAUGGUAAAAGUCUUUUGACAGCCUUUGUUUAUAAUUUGACAGAUGGGAGCCAUUCUUAAUUAAAUGCCAAAGUCUAGCUCAAGUAAGACAAUGCCUUUCAAAAGAUGAUUUAGACCUUUUGUGCCAACAGGUCUGUACAGAACUCUCAGAGAUUCAGAAAAAUCUUUUUUUACAGAAGGCAGAAAAUGAUGUGGUUGCAAAUGUCUAGAUGUCUAAUAUAGAUUUCUAAUUUUAGGACUACAGCAGCAACUCUUGGCUGGGACAGUGCAGCAAUGCAUUCAAAAGCUUCAGGUUAACAGCUAUGUCCCCCCAAAACUGAGCCUCAUGCCAAAAAAGUGCAGGUAUGCACUCUGCUCUGCAAACCUCAGACCCUGCCAUCUCAGCAAAUUCUUUCUGCCGGGCUGCAGCCCAUCUCAUUGUUCCCAGGGCAGGCUCUAAUCCAGGUCAGGGAAAAAAAGGUCUUUGGCACAAAGCAUCAAACUCAUCCUGCCAUUAGCUAGAAAAGACCCCUGCGGCCUCCUAUUGUAGCAGGUCAGACUCAAAGCCCAGGGAAGGCAAAUGGGUGUCUGUGAGAGCCCUGGGUAGGCUUGGGCCCUGCCCCAGCCCCAGUACAGUCAGUCCUGUCGCUCCUGAUGCCACCCCUUUGGUGGAAUUCCCUGCCUGGCCACGCAGCCAUGGAGGUGGCUGGACUUCACUGCUGAGUGAUAAUAAGCUGUACAUAUGUAGAAAGUUUGUAGGGUGCAUUAGGAUUCUUCAGUGCCACAGAGUUGCCAUGUAUUGUUCUUUUUUUUUUUUUUCUUUUUUUAACUAUUCAUCCUUUUGCUCCUCUUGGGCCUGUGUAUCUUUCCAAGGUUUGCAGCCUGAGGUCAAAACAUUCCUUAGGCAAAGGCCAUUGGGUGUCCUUCCUUGUGAAGAGAGACUGGAAGGUCCCUCCUCAGUUUUGGGAAAGAAUAUGACAAAGCACCACAUACAGAGAGAGAGCCUGGAGGCUACCAUUUAUCCACUCUCUUAAUACAGAAGCAGGAGAGCUGUUAUCACAACUAAGGAAAGAGAAUGUUUUUCAGCAGGAAGAGUCCACUGUGCCCAGUUUGAGAUAAAAGAACUAAAGAAAGGGCUAAGAUUUAGAUGAACAACACAAUCACCACACUUACACCAGAUGGGGUCUAUUUUAUUUUCUCCAUAGAAAGAGAUAAGAGACUUUGAAUGAUUCUAAGCAUCAACCAGCCCGCUUAUUGAAGGGGGCUGGAAACGUGCUUUCCUGCAGGUAAAAACCACUACCUUUUAGCAGUUUAGUAUGAGGUAUCUGCAUCAGAGCAUCUGACCCUUCCAGAUACCAAAGUACUGGACUGGUUGAAUCACACCCACCCCUGUUGACUUCUAAUUACUUGACAGUUCCACUCCUGAUCUCUGACAUUCAUACAUUCAUUAGACUACAGGAUGACUUAAAGAUGAGUGCUUGCUCGUCAGGAGUACACUGUUCACAACAUGGCUGUCAGGAGGGGAAGUCUUUAAUCACCACAAGUUAAUUAUGUCCUUUUUCACUGGAGAGCCUCAGUAAAAUGCACCAUGUGCAAUGUACUCCAUGGACACUGUAGCUUUCUCACAGCUGCCACAGGAAUGCUCCUUUCUUCCCCCGGGUCCCAACAACACAAGGAGAAGCUGGCAUUUUCCUCCUGCAUCCACUCAACUGCUUCUUGAUUUUAAAUUUUUUUUAAAGCCGGUUUUCAAGUACUCUGCCUGGCUGGCAGUGAAUCUGUAGCCACCAAGCACAGGCCACGGCAUCAGGACAGUGCUGCUCGGCAAACGGGGCAAGGAACAGUCCGGUCUUCUGGCACUCACCCUCAUCUCUGCAAGGAAAUUGCUGUGGGACUGUCAGCAAGUCAUUCUUCCUUCUUGUGCAAUUGGGAAUAAUAUUCUAUUUUACAAUGAUGAUGUGAGACCUGACGUGCUAGCUAUGGAAAGGGAGGUCCUUGGAUGGAAGGCCCUACAGAUGAGCAAAGGAUUAUUGUUAUUUCUGGACGUGAUAGCACAUAAAUGUGCUUUAUUCCCACUCAGUGAGACAAACUUAAUUGUUUAUUCAAGAAAUUCCUAGCGAAGUUGCACAACAGCCUCAGAGCUGUGGAUUCAGUGUAUGAUUCUACUCAAAAAAUAACUUAGCAAAACAGAGAUAUAUAUGAUGAUUGGGGAAUAUUAUUUUAUUGGGAAGGGGGAAAUCACUGGACAAUUAGAGCCAUGCCUGGAUUAUUUAAAGGCGUGUUUCCCCCCUUAGCUCCCUGUGCAAAUAAAUCCCUAACUGAUCACAUGGCUCUCUGCAAGGAGCAUAAGAUGCAAGUGUCAAAAUCACCAAAGGAGGUGAAAGUAGAAGAGCAAGGUAGUCUCUUAGCUUACAAUAGCAUGUGGGGGUUGGUGUUCUCUAGUGUCUAGAGCAGUGGACCUAGGAUAAUAAUCUUAGAUUUAUUUCCAGCUCUGCUUCUGACUUGCUGUGAUAAUCACUUUACCUCUCAGUGCCUGUUUUCUCCACCUGUAAAAUGGGUGUAAGAAUUUCCACCUACCUCACAGGGAUGUUGUGAGGCUUCCUUAAUUCUGUUUGUAAAGUAAGUAGGAAUGAUCUGAUGAAAAGCACUCCUGAAAUGCAUGGUAUCCUUGUUAUUUCUUGGCAGAACUGCUAACUUGGGUAAUAUAUGACUCCUCGAUCAGAAGGGCGGUAGUUUGGAAAUGUGAACACUGCACUGUACUGACAAUAUUAACAUGGAUGUGGAUUUGCCAUGGGUAAAAAAAAGACUUUAUUGAUUCCCUGAUCCAUCUCU